AUGAGAACAGCUAGACAGAUCUCAAGCUUCGGCUUGCCCCUUCGAGCUCUGCUCCCCAGUACCUCCGUGGGCUCCUCCUCCAUUAACGCUUUGCCAUCGCGCAGGGCAGCUUCCACAGCAGCGCCAGCAAAACCCACGAUAGUCGACCUCACCCGGCCGCUCAAGCACCGAUCGCUCUGCCAUCCCUUCCACCCGCACUUUGUCAUGACGAAAUGGGACACGCACCAACCCAUGGUCGCCGGCGAGGCCACCUUUCGCAGCUCGUCUUACUACAUCUCCAUGUCGGACCAUGCCGGCACGCACAUUGACGCCCCGAAACACUUCGACCCGGCGCCCGGCGCCCUGUCCAUUGACCAGAUGCCCUUGACGGAUUUCUACACCGAGGGCAUCUGCCUGGAUCUCAGCCACGCCGAGCUCAGGGCGGGCAUCACAGUCCCUGAGAUGGAGGAAGCACUCAAGAAGUCGGACCAAGAAAUCAAGCAGGGCGACACGGUUUUGCUUUUCAACAAGAGGGUGUCUUGCGAAGAUCCCAGGUGGCAGCACGACUUUCCUGGUCUGGUUCCCGAGUCGGUCCACUGGCUUGCCGACAAGGGUUGCAAGAUCUUUGGUGUCGAGGCCGUGUCCCCCGCCCCCGAAGGCGAGCUCAACUUCCUCGCACAUAACAUCUGCGGCGAGCGGAGCAUCACGCACAUUGAGGGUUUGGACAACCUGGAGAGCCUGCUGGGCAAGGGCAGAUUCCGAUUCAUUGGCUUCCCUCUGAAGUUUGUCGAGGGUAGUGGUAGCCCAAUCCGCGCUGUCGCCCUAUUCGAUAACUGA